AUGACGGGCCUAUUCACAAGUCGAAACUUCUCGCUGGAGGAAACACCAGAUCUCAACAAUCGAGUGGCGGUAGUAACUGUGAGUGAAUACCCUUGUUCUAUAGUCUACUUGCCUAACACCAAUCCACAGGGUGGUUAUGCAGGUAUUGGCAAAGGCAAGCAAAAAAAGGUAUUCAUAGUCGCGAGAAGCCGAGACAAAUACAUCACAGCCUGCGAUGAAUGGAGAGACCAAGGCAUCUCCCUUGGGGACGACGACAGACGAGUCGAAUUCGUCCAAUGCGACCUGGGAGAUAUCACAGAAGUCGCAGCAGCAGCAAAGCAGAUCAAACAAGCCACAGACCUUCUCCACAUCCUAAUAUGCAACGCAGCAAUUGGCGUUCCAAACGAAUACAAGCGCUCUCCGCAAAAUGUCGAGCGCGUCUUCGCAACAAACUGCCUCGGCCAUCAAGUCCUGACAACCUUGCUUCUGCCCCUGCUGAAAAGAGGCGUGUUAACGCCUAGCAAUAGCGACGUACGUAUCGUGGUCGCUAGCUCGUCUCUCCACCAUGUAUGUCGACAUCUGGAUCUGGAUCUGCUGUGCUCUGCAUCACGUAUCAAGUGGCCAGCGCUGUACGACGGGGUUUGGCGAUAUGGACGAUCGAAGCUGGGGAAUGUUCUCUUUGCGAAAGAAUUGAGUCGUCGGCUUUUGAAUGAUCGGGACGUGGCGAGUAAGCAUAUCUAUGUGAAUUCGUUCUUUCCGGGGAAUAUUGUGACCGAGCAGUGGCUUGGAUGGGGCGAGUAUUUUGGGGGUGUUUUGGGAUGGUUUAUGAGAGUUCUUGGGGGUUUUGGUCAGACGCUGCAGGAUGGUGCUGCGACGGCUUUAUAUCUUGCUGCGAGUGAUGAGGUGCGGGAGAGAAAUCAUCGUGGGCACUACUUUGUUCCUAUAGCGGCCGAGUAUGAGCCCAGCUCGAUUGCUGGGAAUGGGAAACUUGCUCGAGAUCUAUGGGAUUGGAUUGAUGCUCAAGCUACGGAGACACUGGGAUUGGAUUGGCAAUAUUAG